CGUUAUGCCCGCCACGAGGUUCUGGAAAAGGAGAGCUGCGUUGCCGUUUAUGUACGCCCACCUAGGCCAGGCGCCUAUAUACUGAAGAUUUACGCCAAGGACACGCAAGACGAUGCUCCAGAAACUGCGAAGAAGAAGAAAGUGUGCGAUUACGCUCUACUGGCAAAAGUUGCCUCCAAUGCCUGCCGUCUACCCUUUCCACACACCCGGUCUACUGAAUACGGCCGAACAAAGGAGGUGAGGCGCUUCAAUAUCCGCGCUGUCUGUCGUGAGGGUACUCUUCGCGCCAUUCGAGGGACUGUGGAACUAUGCUUCGCCAGCCGAGAUUCGAACCGUCCUCUGCCACAACUGAUGGGUAAACUCAAGUCUGCGACAUCGUCAGCAGAUGCCAUGAGUAACUGCAUCGUCCCACGCUCCAUCUUAAACAACAGAGAAUUCGUCUUCUCAAUAUUCCUGCCCGAAGCUGGCGAGUAUGCUCUAAAUAUCUACGCCAAAAACCCCCAAGGAGGUUACAACACCUUCCAACGGGUGAGUGCUUCUUGGAGGUUUGCGGUGUAUGGCACUGGGGCACUUCCAGCCACAUUCCCCUACUGGGCUUCCCCAAACUUUAAAAAUUUCACAAAUGCGUAA